UUCGCGUCGCCAUCGUCUUAUCAUUUGAAGAAUCAAAAUUCUGAAGCGUUUCCCGGCCUGCCCAAUUUUGUCAAACAUGCUUUCAUUUACUCUUACAUUGGGGCUCCAGGCCUUUGUUAUUCUCAGCACAGUUACUCCCAGCACGCCGAGCCCAGUUGUCCAAUCAAGUGGAUAUUUGGAAACACGAAGCAGCGUUCUGCCCCUCGCCGCGAGCACCAUCUACGAGGCAAGCGUGCCAACAUGGCACGAGAAUCUCGCGGUGCGCGCAAAUGGGCAAUUGCUGGUCACACGAAUGGACGCGGCCAUUCUCGAGCUCAUCGAUCCCGCAGCGACAAAUACCACUCCAAUCAUAAUCAAUAACUUCGGUACAGCGUACGCAGGAUGUCUGGGAAUCACGGAACUGGGCAGCGACGUCUUCUAUGUCGUUGCUGCGGCGCCUUUUGGCAGCAAUUUCGCCAAGACAAGUGGCACUUCCUCUGUGUUCAAGAUCGACAUGAACACAUUCGCGGUCGACGCGAACGGGAAUGUCGUGGGAGGUGCGACUAUUACCAAGGUAGCCGACCUGCCCACUGCUGGUUUUCUCAACGGCAUGACUACGCUCAACGUGAACGCCGGUCUCGUCGUGAUAGCCGAUUCUUUGAACGGUACGGUGUACACGUUGAACGUACUUACAGGAACCUACAAGGUGACGAUCGACGACGCCAAAAUGAAAGCUCUCUCCACGGCCAUCACACCACUGGGAAUAAAUGGAGUAAAGAUCCGAAAUGGGUACCUGUACUUCUCUAACACCGGGAAUCCAAUCUUCUCCCGCAUCCCCAUUUCCUCCACGACUGGUUGUGCCACUGGUUCGUCAUUGGUUGUGGCAAGUAUCCCACAGGUGGACGACUUUGUUUUUCGUGCGGAUGGUACUGCCUGGAUGUCCCAGAAUCAGAUCCAAAGCGAGAGUGUAGUGAAGAACGGGGUGGUGACGCUCGUGGCGGGUAAUAAUUUCAGCACGAUUCUCGCAGGCGUGACGGCUGGACAAUUCGGGAGAUCGACAGCGACGGCAAACAUACUCUACUUAACGACCAACGGAGGUCUUGCCAUACCUGUCAAUAGCUCGAUCGUCGUACCUGGCAAGGUUGCAUAUAUUGAUACCAGCCAAUACUCAUAAGAAUGGUUUGUGGCGGGAGGAUAAAGCGUUGAGUUUUUUACAUUUGUUUGUACAAAUAGAACAACCUGAUAAGAUAGUGUAAUGAAUUUUUC